UGGCAUGAAAUUGAACGAGCCCUCACACAGGGGAUUUGUGGAGAGAGAGAACGUCGUUCUAUUGAAAACUGUGAAAGAAAUCUCGGAAGAAUUGAGCAUUUGCUGUCACCAGACACAAACAACGAACUCAAAAGCAGUUUGGCUCAACUGAAAACUCUAAUAGACGCAAAUUUCCGUGCUGGGGAAGACCGACGUUUCUCUGUCAGGUGCAUUAGUUCAGGGAGAAGAGGCCGACCAGCCCUUGAUGUUACCAGAGAACACAUUGAAUUUCUGCUGAAGCAAGGCCAUACAAUUGCAAAAACUGCUGAAAUACUGGGAUGCUCCUCAUCAUUUCUGUACAAGAAGUCAAAGUUGAUGGGUAUACCUGUUAGAAGUAUGCUGUCUGCAAUAGAUGAUGGUGAACUAGAACAACAUGUGAGGCAACUUCAGAGCCAAUAUCCUAAUUCUGGAAAUGAGAUGAUAAGAGCUCUGUUGCGCGCACAGGGUGUGCUUGUUACACGGUCCAGAGUGCGUGAGAUGUUGACAUGGGUAAAUCCUACUGCUACUGCAAGGAGAUGGAGCCAGACAGUUGCAAGACGUGUUUAUCAUGUACCUUACCCCAAUAGUUUGUGGCACAUUGAUGGGAACAUGCGUCUGAUCAGAUGGGGCUUUGUGAUUCAUGGUGCAAUUGAUGGAUACUCCCGUCUGAUUACUUACCUCAACUGCAGCACAGACAAUCGUGCCACAACAGUGCUUUCUCAGUUUUUGAAAGCAACAUGCCUCUAUGCCCUACCGUCAAGAGUCAGAUCUGACCAUGGUGGUGAAAACAUCCUUGUGGCUUUAUUCAUGCAUCUAGUUCAAGGACUUGAACACAGAGGUUUCAUAACCGGACAAUCCGUUCACAAUCAGAGAAUUGAACGCCUUUGGCGUGAUGUAUUUUUGCAUGUGUUGCAGCACUUUUAUCUUAUGUUCUACUCCUUAGAGGAUUCAGAGGUUCUAAACCCAGAUGAUGAUGUCCACAGACUUUCACUGCAUAUUGUUUAUCUUCCUGAGAUUCAAAAAAGACUGGAGCAGUUUAGACAGGCCUGGAACCUCCAUCCGUUGCGAACUGAAAAUAAUUGCACACCAACUCAACUCUGGACAGAGGGCAUGCUCAAAAACAUUGCAACAGACAGCACAGCUGUCAACAAUGUGUUUGGGGAAAAUCCCUACAGCGACCAAAACAUUGAUGCCAUCCUAGCGCAGUAUGGAAUUCAAACACUGCCUUCACUUGAUGAGGAAGAGUUCCCAGCUGUUAAUGUAGAGCCACCUCAACUCAUCCUCACUCAGCAACAACAGACAUCUGUACACAAUGCAAUCCAACACAUUUCUGAUCUAAAGAUGAAAUAUCAGGCUUGUUGUACUGCAAUUGUCAGUAUUUUGCAAACUCAGGUAUAGUCCAAUUCCAAGCCCAGAGACAAAAGUUUCUUGGCUGCAUAUAUUAUCCAGGACGGAAAGACAUUUUUAGUUUCAUCAGCUUUAAUCCUC